AUGCCGAAGGGAGGCAAGAGGAAGGACAAGGAGGCGCAAGAGCCGCCUCAUGAUCCUGACUGGGAGAAGGCCGUAGAAGGUGGUCUGUGGACGCGUCCUCCUAGUGCUCUGCCCGACGCUUACCAGUGGCCGACCUGGGGCGCCCUGCGGGAGCGCAUCCUGACCAGCUGCAGCCGCAUUGAGGUGAACCAGCAACAAGACGUUCGGGACACCUUUCCCGCGGAGAUCGUCAAGCUUGCCCCGCCAUAUCUCGAAGUGCUCUCUCUGAAGAGCAAUAUAAAUAUCACGAAGGUGGUGAUCUCGCCGAUCAACGCUUGCCCAUCUCUGCGGAGUCUGCAUCUGGACGGCUGCCCGAAGCUCGAGUAUGUCCUCGUACAGUCGGCCUCGUUGGAGAACGUGUCCCUCACAAUUUGCAAGGCUCUGAAGAAGAUCGUGCUGCACUGCAGCAGCCUUCAAACCGUGGAUCUGCGCGAAUCCCUCGCUCUCGAGAGUGUCAUGAUCUGGUCGGAGGUGCUCGAUGACUUGGACAUCAAAGAGUGCAAAAAUCUCAAGCAGGUGGAUCUGCACUGCCCGGCACUGGCAUUUCCGCGACUGGGCAAGUUCGCGAAAGUCACGCGUGUUGCAUCCGCGGCGCAUGCCCCGGUGCAUGCCAUCGUCGCCGAAGAUUACUCCAUACGAGACGACGCUCGAGACAAGGAGCGGGAAAUGCACAAGGCGACGGCAGGCGGCAACGUGUACGGGCGUCUUGACAUGCUGCGCUGGUCCUAG